UUUCUGAAGUAAUACAGUUUUCUUUGUUUUUAGUGCCACCAUGGCAACUGCACCAUACAACUACUCUUACAUCUUUAAAUAUAUUAUUAUUGGGGACAUGGGAGUAGGAAAAUCUUGCUUGCUUCAUCAGUUUACAGAAAAAAAAUUUAUGGCUGAUUGUCCUCACACAAUUGGUGUUGAAUUUGGUACAAGAAUUAUUGAAGUUAGUGGCCAAAAAAUCAAACUGCAAAUUUGGGAUACAGCAGGACAAGAGCGGUUUAGAGCUGUUACACGAAGCUACUACAGAGGAGCUGCAGGUGCACUUAUGGUGUAUGAUAUCACUAGAAGAAGUACAUAUAACCAUUUAAGCAGCUGGUUGACAGAUGCAAGGAAUCUCACCAAUCCAAAUACUGUAAUAAUUCUCAUAGGAAAUAAAGCAGAUUUGGAGGCACAGAGAGAUGUUACAUAUGAAGAAGCCAAACAAUUUGCUGAAGAAAAUGGUUUAUUGUUCCUUGAAGCAAGUGCAAAAACGGGAGAGAAUGUAGAAGAUGCUUUUCUGGAGGCUGCCAAGAAAAUCUAUCAGAACAUUCAGGAUGGAAGCCUGGAUCUGAAUGCUGCUGAGUCUGGUGUACAACACAAACCCUCAGCCCCACAGGGAGGCCGGCUAACCAGUGAACCCCAACCCCAAAGAGAAGGCUGUGGCUGCUAGUGACCUCUUUGUUGUGGCCCCUCAUUUGACCUUUCACCUCUAUCUGUUGGAAGCAGUACUUUUUACUGCCUUGUUGUCUUCUGUACAUCUUACUGGGUUUAAUUAAAAAAGAAAAAAAGAAAAAG